AUGUCUGACAUCAAGGAUGACAUUGAUUCAGUUGAAAUGGCUAUAGACACUAAUGACUUGUCAAAACUCUUUGGAGUCAGAUCAAAUGCACAAAGAUACAGAAAUCUUCCACAAAAAAAUAUGCUAUCUUUACCAAAAUUCAUUCCAGGAAAAAUCCAAGGAGAAGAACUGAAUAAAAUGUUUGGAACGGUAUCAUCAAGUUCUUUAACCUCAGAUAAACAUGGCUACAGCAUGAAGACAACACAGAAAUCACCAGAAGCUGAAUCCUCUCCUCCAGUCAAACAGCUGCUCGAUGAACCAGAGACUGUAACCUACAUAGACACUGGAUAUACACUGCUUUCCAGUGUGGCCUGUCUGAGUGAUAAAGAAAUCUGGACAGUAGGAGAUGGCAACACCAUGAAACUCUACAGCAUCAAUCAGGGAUCACUUCUCAAAUCAAUCAGAACAAAGUCAGGGCUCAUACCAUGGGACAUAGCAGUGACAAAAAGUGGAGAUCUAGUUUAUACUGAUUACUACAAGGAUAGAACUGUGAAUAUUUUGAAGAGUUAG